AUGGCCAGACAAGAGAUUCAGUACCCCCCUUCUUACCUCCACACCGAAACGGAGCGUAUUCUUUCAUUUCGGACUCACUACAAAGCCACCACCACCAUGAAUCCUUGGGAAUCGUGUGCGUUGCAAUGUUUCCAGUAUCAAUAUCCCGAUGAAGCCGAGCAAACCUCCCACAGUAAACCAAUUACUUGGCGGCAACCAAUCGCUGCUGCUGAUCCCAUAAUCUACCCUGGCUUAUACGCCCCCAGCGGUUUCGACAUGAUGAGCAUUCUGCUCCGUGUCGCCACCAGACCCAACCCCAAGGUCCAACUCGGAGCCAUCGACUGCUCUGUCGCUCUCCUUCUCUGCGAUCUCGAGCAACCAGACACCCCCAUCGUCUACGCCUCGGAACACUUCAGCCUGCUGACCGGCUACUCGAACAAGGAAAUCUUGGGCAAGAACUGCCGCUUCCUCCAGGCACCAGGUGGCAAGGUCAGGAAACAGUCGGCCCGCAAGCAUGUCGACAAGGACACCAUCAAGAAGAUGGAGCGUGCCGUCAAGACAAACGACGAGGUUCAGCUUGAGGUUCUCAACUUCAAAAAAGACGGCACUCCUUUCGUCAACAUUCUCACCAUGAUCCCCGUAUGCUGGGACUCCCAGCACUACCGCUACUCUGUUGGCUUUCAAGUGGCACGGGAGGAUUAA